AUGGCAUCCAACACCCACAACGCCCCCGUCUUGGAUGUAAUCGAUAAAGAUGCAGGACACGCCUUCCAACUCCCCGUCAAACGUAUCCACGAUGGCGAUGACGUUACGUUUUUUCUUGCCAGUAGGGCCUACGCCGACAUCAUGACCUUCAUCUUCCAGCUCAACACUUCCAUGAUACCGCGCAAAGUUAACAGUAAAGAGCAAGGAAAAGAUGCAUCUUUCAAGGAAUGGAUCCUAAAUGACCCGGACGUGCCCCACCCGCCUAUUGUCCAAAGCCUUGCCAAGCUUCUCGAAGCCCUAACAUCCAUCAUCGAUGAGGCACCUCCGGACCCUGGACCCCGCCGCUUCGGAAACGUGAGCUUCAGGACCUGGUACGAUAUUGUGCGGGAAAGGGUUCCGGACUUGCUAGAUCAACAUCUACCGGCCUCAGUCUUGGCAUUCAAAUCUACCUCUGAUGUGCCCGCCAAAACAGAACUAGAAGCCUAUCUUAUCGGCAGUUUUGGUAGUUCACAGCGCUUAGACUACGGAACGGGCCAUGAACUUUCUUUCCUCGCCUUCCUCGGAUGUCUUUGGAAACUCGGUGCUUUCCCUGAAUCGCAAGAUGGAGAUCAAGAGCGUGGCAUCGUGCUGGGUGUUAUCGAACCCUACCUUGCGCUCAUCAGGCGGCUCAUCUUGACAUACACGUUGGAACCCGCAGGAUCACACGGCGUAUGGGGUCUGGACGAUCAUUUCUUCUUGCCAUACAUAUUCGGCAGCGCACAAUUCUCCCCGCCCAUAACUACACCCGGGGAUGUCGCAGCAGAAGGCUCACUACCAUCAGCACCGCACCCCGGUGACGUAGCCAAAGCCCCAGCCGUAGAGCGCGAACGACGACGAAACAUGUAUUUCAGCGCCAUCGGCUUCAUCUACGACGUGAAAAAAGGUCCGUUCUGGGAACACAGCAACAUCCUGUACGACGUCUCUGGUGUAAAAGCCGGGUGGGCAAAGAUCAACAAGGGAAUGAUCAAAAUGUACAACGCAGAAGUCCUCUCCAAAUUCCCAGUCGUCCAACACUUCCCCUUCGGCUCCCUCUUCCCCUUCACCCCCGACCCAGCAGCAAAGGAAAUCCAAGCCACUGUCCAUACAGCUAGUCAACCGAAAUCUUCUUCUCCGUCUUCUGCUACCACUAAUGCUGCUGGUUCUGCUUCCCAAGCACCCUUACGAGACGCACUCGCCGAUUCCUCUGCGCCUGCGAUGACGAGACCGCUGCCUCCGCAGGGUACCGCUGCUGCAGGUACGGCGGCGCCGUGGGCGGGUAAUGCUAUUCGCCAGGUACCUGCGCAAGGCGGUAUGCAGAGUACAACGGCGCCGUGGGCAACAGCUUCUUCUGCGCGUGGUGGGGGUCAAGCACCCGGUGGUGGUAUGCCAAUGACAUCUGCGCCGUGGGCGAGGGGGGCAGCGACCCAGGGCCCACAGGUACCGAGUGGACCGGACCAACCUACUAAAGCGCCGUGGGCGUCGAGGACGCCGGCCCCACCUCCUCCGGGAAGUGGUACAGCGGCGCCAUGGGCGAGGGGCGGUGGGGGAGAUGCGCAGCAGCAGCAGCCGAGUACCCGGGCGCCUUGGGCGGAUAAGAGAUGA